CACAAUAUACACACGUGGGUGUGUUUCCUGUGUUUUGAUUUUCCGCACUUUCCAAAAACACAACAAACCGUCAGCUGAUUAGGAAGUUUGUUUACACAAGUUGUUUACUCUAUAGUCUUUGGCUGAAUCAUGUCGAGUUUCUUAUUAAGAUGGCAAAAACUGGGAAGAGUUUUUCAGUUUACCCAGCUGCAAAACGUUGUGAUGAACUCAAAAUCAACAAGGUUUUACGCGACCGCCAGUUUCAGAGAAAAGAAACGAUUUUACAAGAAUGUCAGCAUCACCCAAUCAGGGAAGACCUUUGAAAUUAACUUGGACCGGAGGAAACUCAAGACGCCUAAUGGUCAGCUAUUUACAGUACCCAGCGAGCCAAUGGCUAUUGCCGUAGCAACGGAAUGGGAUAACCAAACAGACAUCAUAAGGCAACACACAAUGCAUCUGACUUCACUAUGCAACACAGCAUUAGACAACCCAUCCCUCAGAAAUAAACAACAGGUCAUAAGAGGUAUUCUACACUUUAUAGACACGGAUACAAUAUGUUACAGACUAGAAGAUCCGCCAGAACUGGUUUCCCUUCAACAAAAUGAGUGGGAUCCCCAAUUGGACUGGAUCAACGAGAGGUACAAGGUUGAUGUCGGGUCGUCAACCUCUAUCACAGGGCCUGUAAUACCUGAAGAAACAAAAGAAAUCCUUGGACAUCAUCUGGAGACUCACUCAGACUGGGCACUUGUAGGUUAUGAGAAUGCAAUUGGUUGCCUGAAAUCCCUGGUGUUGACCUUUGCCCUUAUGGAUAGGAGACUCACUGUUGAGGAGGCUGUUCACCUCUCAUUGUUAGAGACCGAGUUUCAGAUUGCAAGGUGGGGCAGUGUUGAAUGGGCUCACGAUACUGAGAUGGCAGACACCAAGGCCAGGGUCGCUGCAGCAGCUCUCUUCACACAUCUAGUCACACAGUCUUGUGUCAUAAAACAGAAACAACCAAUUCAAUAACAUUGGACAUUGUAAUGACAUGGAUGUGACUUUGGACAGUAAGGGGGUGUCAUGGCUGUGUGUUUUAGAGCAUUGAAUUCAAGUUCUGGUGGUUUAGUCAUCGAAGUGUGGGUUCGAAUCCUGAUCAUGACACCUGGUUCUUGAGCAAGAUGCUUUACUGUACAUCAUCUCUUCACCCACCCAGGGGUAUAAAUGGGUACGCGGGAGGGUAGAGGGUUGAUACUGUGUUUGAAAAGCCACUGGAGCACCACAGGCUGUAUUCUCUCCAAGGAGCUGAGAACGAUUCAAAAGGAAUAUUAAUUAGCCCAAUGACCAGGGCACUCAAGUAAAGCUCAUUGAUACUUUAUUGUAAGAACUAGCUAUUACUGUUAAUGUUAAGACAGACUGCUGAUUUGGUUUGAUUUAUUUGUUUUACUUUAAUUUCUUUAAAGUUAAAUAUCUGCAUCAGGAUUAGGGAUUAGUAUUCCAGCGCAUGCACAUUGACUGUUCCGUUGGACCAAUACUAAUGCGCGUAUUCACUUGUAUAGGAUUAUUCUCGAGUACUUCAGCACAACGAUUCUAUCGGAAUGUACUGAAAGUCCAAUGGAUUGCAGCAGGCCUGUGUCCCCAGCAACAGUCUGAACAGAGAUUACCUGUUGUUAUUUGUAGAAAGUUCUUACUCAUUUGUAUUCUGGUCUUGUCAAAUCAAUUCUGGUCCAGUUAAAAUGUUUAUCUCCAAGCCUAGCGGUCUUGUGGAAUUUUACCCCAAAAUCGAGUCCUGGUACUGCUAACAAUUUAUAUUGAUGUAAUAUUUGCAUCUAAAGAUGAAUAUUAUUGAGUAAACCAUUUCUUGAAAGGA